GCACUGACCACGGCACUGGCCACGGCAAUGUCAAAUGCCAGUGGCGUCAGGGUCCACUUCGCAUCCGCACCAGAGGGGUAAGUUACCUACUGUACGGUAUGCUUGUGCACUUGGUAAUUGCCAAAUGAGUAAACAAUAUCUGAUUACUCUACACUCUAUUACACUUCUCUACCUCCCCACGAUUACUAUACUGACCAGCCACUACACGACUAUGAGCCACGACUUACACCAGCAAACGCCAUACUACAUACUCUACACUCGACAAUCUGGAUUAUGAAUUUGCAAUAACUAAUGAUUAUUACUAACGUACGAAUACUUUUGAGAAGAUGCAAUGCCUUCAAGAAAAAAGAGAUAUAAGGACGCUCGUCCGCAUCUCUGUAUUCUC